CGUAAGUGUCACCGGGAAUACUGGCCCCAGAUCGGGAUUCCGAGACGGGGAUCGAAACUUGAGGAGUGGAGCCGUGCUGCAGCGGUCAUGCGGACUCCGUGAACACCAUUGUUUUUCUAGGUCUGGAGCUGCCUCUCUGUUCAUCUAUUGCUGCAGUAGCCACAUCCGUGUUUAAUGGCCCACCCCAUCGCCAGCUUCAUCAUGCAGUCAUACCUCAUGGGAAAGGUGGGCGUUCCUCAGUCAGUGGGAUAGUGGCCACUGUGUUUGGAGCAACAGGAUUCCUGGGCCGAUAUGUUGUCAACCACCUUGGACGUAUGGGGUCACAGAUAAUCAUACCCCAUCGGUGUGAAAGAUACGACAUCAUGCAUCUUCGUCCCAUGGGUGACCUGGGCCAGAUUAUCUUUCUGGAAUGGAAUGGGAGAAACAAAGAUUCUAUCCGAAGAGCAGUAGAGCACAGCAAUGUGGUCAUCAAUCUUGUUGGGAGAGACUGGGAAACCAAAAACUAUGAUUUUGAGGAUGUUUUUGUGAAGAUUCCCCAAGCAAUUGCUCAGGUGUCCAAGGAAGCUGGAGUUGAAAAAUUGAUUCACGUUUCACAUCUGAAUGCUGAUAUUAAAAGCUCUUCUAGAUACCUGAGAAAUAAGGCUGUUGGAGAGAAAGAAGUAAGAAAUGCAUUUCCAGAAGCCACUAUCAUAAUGCCGUCAGACAUCUUUGGACGAGAAGAUAGAUUCCUAAAUUAUUUUGCAAAUAUUCGCUGGUUUGGUGGUGUACCUCUUAUUUCCUUGGGCAUGAAGACAGUGAAACAACCAGUAUAUGUUGUAGAUGUAUCCAAAGGAAUCAUUAAUGCAAUUAAGGAGCCAGAUGCCAGAGGGAAAUCUUUUGCCUUUGUUGGGCCUAAUCGGUACCUCCUUUAUGACCUGGUGCAGUAUGCUUUUGCUGUGGCUCACAGGCCCUUCCUUCCAUACCCUUUGCCACAUUUUGCCUUUCGAUUGAUAGCACGACUCUUUGAAUUAACUCCAUUUGAGCCCUGGACAACAAGGGAUAAAGUGGAGCGGGUUAACAUCACAGACCUGAUAUUGCCUCACCUGCCUGGCUUGGAAGACCUUGGCAUUCAGGCCACACCCCUGGAAAUGAAGGCCAUCGAGGUGCUGAGGCGUCAUCGCACUUACCGCUGGCUAGCUUCUGAAGUUGAAGAUGUGAAGCCAGCCAAGACUGUCAACAUUUAGUGGCCCCUGAGCUGCUCUUGCUUUUUGGUGUCAUUUGGGUCACUAGGCUAGUGACCAGCCCACUUCCAUCAGAGAAUCCUGUAAAUAGUAAAUAAGAUCUCUCUAUUAAAACAUCUGAGGUUAUAUUCUGUA